GGGGGCCUGAGAGGCGGGCGUCCUCUUGGGGGGUUAUGGGAGGAUUCUGGCGUCCGGCAUGGGGCUGGUUCGCUCUCUGUGGCCCGCGAGGGAGCCGCCCGGGGCGUCCGCUCUGGGCCGCGGACGGGGCGGAAGCGUUCCUCAGACGGGCAUGGAGCGGGACAGGAAGUGCUGAGACGGGGCUGAGGUGGCGGCACGGGACAUGGAAGCGCCCGAACCUGGCCGGGCAGCCCGGGCGGCGGCCGAAGAGCACGAACCCGUUCACGCGCGCCCAGGAGGAGGACUGGCGGCGGCGGAACAAGACGGUGCUCACGUACGUGGCCGCGGCCGCCGUGGGCAUGCUGGGGGCGUCUUACGCCGCGGUGCCCCUCUAUCGGCUCUAUUGCCAGACUACCGGGCUUGGAGGAUCAGCAGUAGCAGGUCAUGGAUCAGACCAAAUUGAAAACAUGGUACCCGUUAAGGAUCGGAUCAUCAAAGUCACCUUUAAUGCAGAUGUGCACGCCAGUCUGCAGUGGAACUUCAGACCUCAGCAGACGGAAAUAUAUGUGGUGCCAGGAGAGACUGCAUUAGCGUUUUAUAAAGCAAAGAAUCCUACUGACAAACCAGUGAUUGGAAUUUCUACGUACAAUGUUGUACCAUUUGAAGCUGGGCAAUAUUUCAAUAAAAUACAGUGUUUCUGUUUUGAAGAACAAAGGCUUAAUCCCCAAGAGGAGGUGGAUAUGCCAGUGUUUUUCUACAUUGAUCCUGAAUUUGCUGAAGAUCCAAGAAUGGUGAAUGUUGAUCUCAUCACUCUUUCCUAUACGUUUUUUGAAGCAAAAGAAGGACACAAAUUGCCCAUCCCAGGGUAUAACUGAAGUUGGCAACUGAGUCCUGCUCCAAAGUUGUGAUUUUUGAAAAAUCAUGUAUCCUGCCUUCUCACAGGAGAAACUCUCUGCAGUUCUCCAAUAAUGUGAAAUACUAUUACACAAAAGGUUUGUUUUCAGUGUACACCAAUUGAAAUGAAGAGAACAGGUUCGGCUUGCCUCAUAAGAAACCCACAUGCCUAUGUGAUAUGUC